AAACUGAAUACUGCAUGGAUUGUACCUCUGUAGAAUCACAAGCUUAGCAUCACCAAGGUGGCUUAUAAUGACAAGACAAACAUGAUGCCAGUGAAAUUUAAUAGCCACAUGGGUGUUCCACUUUGGCAGCUCUAUUUCUGAACCCAUUACAUCACUCUAAAUUCCCUCUGUGGACUAUUUUAAGGAACUGUGUCAAAGUGGGGACCUGGUGUGGUACAUCCAGUCAAAGGGGACUAAAGAGGGGGAGGUCAAGUCCUUCCAUGGGUGAAUUAUAGUUAGAUUAUGGGGCGGACUGUCGGGAAGUUACUCAGGCGCUGCUUGGCAGGUAUUUCCGAGCAAAGCGUCAACUCAGUGCUUUCUUUGAGGGACCCACAGAGCUGACAGGCUGAGAGGCUUUAUAUCUAAACACUUCAGGAUUCUACCUCAUCCAGGUGUAUUGUGGCUGGGGGGGGGGGGCUCAGCAGGAUGGAAAUAGAUACCUGUUUUCGCUACUAUUUCCAGCACCCCUGGUCGCGUCUCAUCGUGGCCUACCUCGUCACCUUCUUUAACUUCCUCAUCUUCGCCGAGGACCCGGUUUCUCACAGUCAGACAGAGGCGCAUAUGAUCGUGGUUGGCAACUGCUUCUCAUUCUUGUUCAACAAGUACCCAGGCCUUGGAUGGAACAUCCUCAAAGUAAUCUGCUGGAUUCUGGCCAUCAUUGUUGGCCUGUUAGCCGGGAAGUUUAUAUUCCACCGCCAGCUCUUUGGUCGAUACCUGCGGCUGAAAAUGUUCCGCGAGGAUCAUGGCUCCUGGAUGACCAUGUUCUUCAGCACAAUCCUCUUCCUCUUCAUCUUCUCACACAUCUACAACCUUUUCCUGCUGAUGGCUGGGAGCAUGGAGCCUCACAUGGUGACAGAAUACAUGGGUAUCAGAAAUGAGAGUUUUAUGAAGAUUGCUGCAGUCGGGACAUGGAUGGGAGACUUUGUCACUGCUUGGAUGGUGACAGAUAUGAUGUUGCAAGAUCAGCACUAUCCAGACUGGGGCAAAGCAGCCAGAAGGUUCUGGAAAAAGGGCAACAACAGGAUUGUUCUCUUCUGGACAGUGCUCAUCUCUCUGACGUCGGUGGUGGUUCUGGUCAUCAGUACCGACUGGAUCAGCUGGGACAACUUAAACCGAGGAUUCCUGCCCAGCGAUGAGGUCUCCAGGGCCUUCCUGGCUUCCUUCAUCUUGGUCUUCGACCUUCUCAUUGUCAUGCAGGACUGGGAGUUCCCUCACUUCAUGGGCGACCUGGAUAUGAAUUUACCAGGCAUGUCAACCACACAUGUAAAGGUCAAGCUUCCUGUCUGCAAGCGCAUCUUUAAAGAGGAAUAUCACAUUCAUAUCACAGGUAAGUGGUUCAACUACGGUAUCAUCUUCCUUGUGCUGAUUUUGGAUCUUAACAUGUGGAAGAACCAGAUAUUCUACAAGCCCUAUGAAUAUGGUCAAUAUGUCGGGCCCGGUGAGAAGAUCUACACAGUGGAGGAGCCAGAGACACUCCAGUACUUCAACCACAGUACGCUCACCUACGAGUGGCGCUCCACCAACAUCGAUCCCAACACUAAUUUUACCUACGUGAAGCAGGACAUGUUCCUCCACAGCCGCUUUGUCGGAGCCAGCCUGGAUGUCAAGUGCCUGGCGUUUAUCCCGAGUUUGGCGGCGUUUGUCCUCUUCGGGUUUUUCAUCUGGUUGUUCGGGCGGUUUCAGGACAGCGAGACAUUCACGGAAAAUCCAGACAAGACUUAUGAGAGGAUAAAGAGGAAGUCUCCGUCAGAGUACAGCAAGGAGAUGGGCGUGACGCCGGAGGAGAUGCAUGUGACCAUGAGUGACAGUCUGAAACGGUCAGGAACACCUAUGCUGCUCUCAGUGGACGGGCCUCACUGCGGAGCAACACCAUCUACCAACUCAACUUCACCCAUCUCCAUGGAAACUCAAGAGACACAUCCAAGCAUCGUGAUUGACAGUGCAGUGCAGGACGAACCAGCAGUCUCUUUUGAUGUCCAUAAACUUUCUCCGUGACCUUACAAACUUUUUUAAGUGUAGUAUCUGCAGACAGGCUGAAGAUGAGAGCCCUGUACACCUCAUACAAACCUUGUCAGGAUCUUGAAUUAGUGGUUUUUCUUCUGAUAACAUCAAGCUGUAACACCAGAGGGACACUGCAAGAUGAGAUUCAUGAAGAGGACAGUGAUGACACAUAAUCACAGAGCCAGUCUUCAUGGCUACUGCAGCUCUAUGUGUUUAAAUCUAUUUUUUACGACAGUCUUUUUAAAAGCAUCUAAAGUUGCAUCAGUACUAACAGCUAACACGGAAUGCAAACUCUUAAUUGACAUGGUGCUCGCUCAGAUUUUUCACUUUCAUAACUCGAUUUUGUCAUGGUGAACUAUUAUGGUGCCUAUACUGAAGGAGUAGUUCUACAUUCACCUGAUGACACUGCCGUCAGGUGGAAUUUAUUGUAUCACACUAGUGUUACAACUACAGUAGUGCCUUGAUAUUUCACAUGUUCAGAAACAGACAGUCUAUACUACUAUAGGCAACAAAAUGGAAGAUGUCCUUGUUAUGUUCUGCUUUAUAAAUGUCUUAAUAUACGUUUGAUGUCUCAUGGACAAACGUUACCUCGCUAUAUCCUCUGACUUUAAUUUAUUCCUCUCUGACAUCUCUCUGGAUUUUUUUCCCUCUAUCACUCUUGGUGAAAUGACAUGAUUAUGAACAUCAAUGUAUGUUGAUGACCUAUUCAUAUUCCCUCACUUGAUAUUAGCUGGAGAGAUAAUAAAUGCAAUCAACAGAGAUCAAAUAGCAAACCAACGAGCGACCUCAUGAUUGCUUAUGUGGUGGGUGCACCUGGACUGCAUACCAACAAAGUCAGAAAGGUGGUUUUGCCCUUGGCAUAAACAUGCCAUUGAAGUGCAGGGGAGGCUUUUGCUUCAAAGCUCAGGGCUUCUUUAUGUCUAGAUAAACCUUAAAAGUUUUAAUAAAUGCAGUUUUGCGGUCAUCUAAAAUGCAUGGAAAAUUCAUUUAUUUGAAACAUGAUCCCACUGUAAAAAAGAUCCUUAACUUACUUGUCUAGUUUUAUGUCUUACUUCAAACCUGCAGUAUUUUAUUUUACACUGGCUUUCAACAUGUCCACUGCCCCUCUGCAUGUUUUCUUGUGUAAAAUACCACUGUAGUUUUGGUUUGCUUUGGUCAAAGUGUCUGUACAUGUAGAAUACAUUUUUCUCUUCCAAUUAUUUUCCAUAUGCAACUACUAUACUAACUCAAUUUUUACUCUAUAAACAACCAUAUUUUUUAAUACAUUUUUGUCAUGUUCAACUGAAAUAUAAAGUACUAUUUGUGACCGACACCAAAUAAUAGUGUUUUGAAGAAUAUUGCUGAAGAAGAAAAAAAUGCCUAUUUAAAGGGAAGUAUGUAUUUAUUUUAGCCAGACUUAAACUAUCUUUAUGAUACACUGUAUGUAAUGUAUUGUUAUUACCCAAAAAUGAGCUGCACCCAUAUCAUAACAUAAUUCUGUUAAAGAUUAAUUUCAAAUUAAUACUUUUUCAGUAAAUAAAGAGAACAUUCAAAGCAUAAGUAUAAUCUCAACUGUGCCACCAUACUAUAUUUUAUACCAUAUUAAAAACUGCAUUUAAAAUGUAAAUGUAAAGUUGA